AGAGGCGCAGGAGCUGAAAAGAGUUGGCGGGGAUAAGUUGGAGGGCAGAAGAGAUGGAGGUCCUGCAGAGCGUCCGGCUGCUGUGUGUCUCUCUGAUGAUGAUGAUGAUGAUGAGUGAGCUGAAGAUGUCAGCUGCUGCACAGAACUUUUGCUCCAACUCGACAGUGCUCCGCACUCGCACGAUGUGCCACUCCUGCACCAUCAGCCAGCUGAUCCUAUGCCCAUCAGGAUUCAAACCCACGCCCAGAUCCAACGCCCAGGACUGCAAGUACUACAUCAACACUCCCAGCAUGAAGCUGCCCCUCAGUGGCUGCUCCUUCGAGUGCUACAAGGAGGUGGAAAUAAAGAGCUGCUGUCCAGGUUACUGGGGCCCCGACUGCAUCGAGUGUCCUGACCAGGCCGCCAGACCCUGCAGCGGCAGAGGCAUCUGCUCCGCUGGACUGGGAGGGAAUGGGACCUGCAGCUGCCAGGAGGGCUUUGCAGGAACUGCCUGUGAGGACUGUGCACCUGGACGGUACAGCCCCACCUGUAGCUCAGUCUGCUCCUGUGUCCACGGCCUCUGUGCUUCUGGAAUAGUGGGCGACGGCCGAUGCACCUGUUUCUCUGGAUACACGGGUCCCAACUGUGACCAAGAGUUACCAGAGUGUGCAGCUCUCAGCUGUCAGCAGAACUCUCGCUGUAUUGAAGAAGCUCUGACGGGGCAGUUAGUGUGCCAGUGUCUACCCGGCUACCAGAGAGCAGGAGCCAAGUGUUUAUCCAUAAAUCCGUGUCUGCAGCGGGUGUGUCACGCUCAGGCCUCCUGUGUCCACACUGGACCAAACCAGCACCUGUGUACCUGCAAUGAGGGCUACAGCGGGGACGGGCGGGUCUGCAUGGCCAUUGACCCGUGUCAGACCGAUCGUGGCGGCUGCGCCGCUGAGUCUGCCCGCUGUGUGUACGAUGGACCGGGCAGGUCCCACUGUGAGUGCCUCUCUGGGUUUGACACUCUGUCGGGCGGUGGCUGCAGCCUAAAGAACUCCUGCACACCUGAUUCCUGCCACCGGAACGCCAACUGCAGCACCGUGGGACCUGGACAAGUUGAGUGCGCCUGUCUCCAGGGCUACAUUGGUAAUGGUAAAGUCUGCAUUGGGAACAUCAUGGAGCGUCUGAAUGACCUGAACACAGAACCAGGAGGCCAGUGGACGGGUCAGCUGAGCAAUGCCAUCACUCUGUUUGGAUCUUUGUCGUGGCCGCUGCAGAAUUUGGGUCCGUUCACCGUUUUCAUCCCGAUAAAUAAAGGCUUCAAGGGAACGCCGGUGAGGACUCUGAUAGCGGACAGGUCCAAAGCUACAUACCUGUGUAAGAUGCAUCUGGUCGCUGGGAUGAUGCAGUUUGACACACUGAAGAAAACUGAUGUCUUCUACACACUGACGGGAAAAUCAGCAGAGACGGACACAUCAGAGGGGGACGCUCAAACCAAAAUCCGUAUCCAUGGCGGCAGGAAGAAAGGUGUAAUCAUCCAGUCUAAUGUUGUUGCAUCUAAUGGGAUCAUCCAUAUCAUCAAUAGGCUGAUGGAAAGCGUGCCUCCCAUCGUAGAAAGCAACACUGAGGAGAACCUGAUGAAGAUCGUUUCUGACUACGGCAAGUUUCAGACUUUCACCAGUUUAUUACAGAAAACUCCUCUGGCAUCUUUGCUGGACCAGCGACCAAUCACUGUGCUUGCACCCACCACUGCAGCAUUUGAUGCAAUGAUAGAAGAACACCUGAAGUAUCUCAUGAGCCCUGACGGUCACAGCAAACUGCUGGAGUUUCUCAGGAACCACAUUAUUCCGGCCACUGCGCUGGAGAUCUACAAUGCUGUGUCAACCCCAAGAUACGUGACAAUGGCCAAUCAGGUUCUGACAAUCACCGUGAUGGAAAAUGGCCAGAUCUUGGUUAAUGGUGCAGCCGUGUUGGAGGCAGCUGUGGAGGCAAAAAAUGGACGUCUUUAUGUGAUGGAUGGAGUUUUGACUCCGCCCUCCAUCGAACCUGUGUUGCCCAGUAGAUGUGACAUCACAGAGACUAAAAUCAUCAUGGGUGAAUGUGUCGCGUGUUCAAAGCUAAUAAUGACCCAAUGCUCUUCUGGAGUUUUUACAGGCUCUUCCACAUUUGGAUGUUCUUAUAUUUUCACCAAGGGCAACCCAUCUGUUAAAGUCCCAGUGAAAGGCUGCUCUGCACACUGCAACUCAACGGUCACGAUUCCAGCGUGCUGUAAAGGUUUCUACGGUCCAGACUGCAGACCAUGUCCAGGUGGAUACCAGACGCCCUGCUCUGGACACGGGCAGUGUUCGGAGGGGGUUUCAAGAAAUGGAACAUGCAGCUGUGAACCGAACUUCAGCGGCUCACGCUGUCAGUACUGCUCCUCCUCCAACAAAUAUGGACCAAACUGUGACAGAACCUGCCCCUGUAUCCACGGGCAGUGUGAUAACCGUCCGGAUUCAGACGGUCGGUGUAAAGUGGACUCGUGUCAGCAGGGUUACACCGGUCCUUUGUGUGAUCGACAGACGGCCGCCUGCGGCGCUCAGGCUCAGUUUUGCCACGCACAUGCUGACUGUGACUUCAGCCAGGGAACAGUCAAGUGUAUUUGUAAAACUGGUUUCCAAGGUGAUGGGAUCACCUGUGUGGCAUCUGACCCGUGUGCUCCACCCCACCGAGGUGGCUGCAGCCUGAACGCUAAAUGUAUAAAGACAGGCCCUGGGACUCACGUCUGUCAGUGUCUGACUGGAUGGAGGGAGGGGGAUGAGUGUCAACCAAUCAACAACUGCAACAGUCCUGACAGAGGCGGCUGCCACCCCAACGCCACCUGUGUCUAUGUGGGACCCGGACAGAGUGACUGCACCUGUAAGGCCGGUUACCAGGGCAGCGGGCAGGACUGUGAACCUGUGAACCAGUGUGUGACUGCAGACGGAGGCUGUCACUACUUUGCCAGCUGUCUCCUGCUGUCCUCUCAGUGGACGUGUGUCUGCGAUGAAGGAUAUGUUGGAAAUGGACACGUGUGUUACGGUACAGUUGAACAGGAGCUCAGCAUCCUGCCUGAGGCCUCAGACUUCUUCACAUGGAUGACUGAUUCGGAUCUGUCUCCGUCUCUGUUGGAUCAGAACCUCACCCUCCUGGUUCCAUCCUCAGCAGCCAUCAGCAAAAUGUCCUCAGAAGACAAAAACUUCUGGACGUUGAGGGGAAACCUGCCGAGUCUCAUCAGAAAUCACAUGAUCGCUGGUGACUACCCCUUAUCUAGCCUCUGGAACAUGUCGUCUGUGACGUCCCUUCUGGGAACAACACUUCGUGUUUCUACAAACGAUGAGAUCACUUCUGUUGGUGGAGCUCUCAUCGGCACGUCAAACGUUGCUGCUACAAACGGACUGAUCCAUUUCAUCGAUAAGGUUUUGGUUCCCGACAGAACACCGAGUGAAGGUCUGCUGGCCACGCUCGCUCUCAGGCCGGAGUUCUCACUCUUCAGAUCGUAUCUCAUCGAUUAUAACCUGACCAAUGAUAUCGAACAGGCUGACGAAUUCACCAUCUUUGCUCCGACAGACGCCGCCGUCACUGAGUACCUGAAGAAAAUGGCAGCCACUGCCCUGGAUGUGAAGACCACUCGUUACCACGUGGUGGCAUCGCAGCGUCUGUUAAAAACAGACCUUCAGCUCGGAGGUUACAAAGAGACGAUGCUUGGGUUUUCCUUCCAGCUCGGCAUUUUCCCACGAGACGGAAAGCUGUUUGUGAAUGAUGCUCAGAUGAACUCCUCUGACAUCCUGAGCGGUAAAGGAGUGAUCCACGGUCUGUCAGCUGUUCUUCAGAUCAACAGAAAUCGCUGCGAUGAUCUCACGUACACAAAAGUCAUGGGGAACUGUGUCGACUGCUUAUUCCACCAAAACAAGAUCUGCCCCAAUGACACCAUCCCAGAUAAAUCGGUGAGGAGGACGAGAAAGUGCAUGUUCACCCGCACGUUUGAGGGCGAGUGGCUCCCGAGAGUCGGCUGCAGAGCCACCUGCCUCCAGAAGAAGAUCGAGCAGAGGUGCUGUGCAGGGUUUUUCGGGGAGCACUGCGAGGCAUGCCCCGGUCCAAAGGGUCGGCCCUGCUUCGAUAAUGGAGUGUGUGUGGACGGGACAAACGGGACCGGAGUGUGUCGGUGUAACGAAGGCUUCAACGGGACCGCCUGUGAAACCUGCCAGAGCGGCAAAUACGGAGUCCACUGUGACCAAGAGUGCGAAUGCAAGAACGGACAGUGUAACGAGGGACUGAAGGGCGAUGGGACCUGCGAAUGUGACGUGGACUGGAGGGGAGUCCACUGUGACCAAAAGAUCGAAGCCAAAGCUGACGAGCAGUGCGGCUCGGUGAGAUGCCACGGCAGUGCAAACUGUGUGACCGGCUCGUCCGGCCCUCAGUGUAUCUGUGCUGCCGGCUUCAAAGGAAACGGGACUUUCUGUCAAGCCAUAGAUCCGUGCGUGGUGGAUAACGGCGGCUGCAGUCUGUACGCUCUCUGUAAGAGGACUCGACCCGGCCGAAGAGACUGUGUCUGUAAUGCCGGCUACGCGGGCGACGGACUUGUGUGUGUCGAGAUAAAUCCCUGCCUGAAAGGAAACGGGGGUUGCCAUGCCAAUGCAGACUGCAUUCACGUUGGACCGAACAAAACUUCCUGUGUCUGCAGGGAAUUUUACACCGGUGACGGGAAGAACUGCAACAUCAUCGACUUGUGCCAAAAGAACAAUGGCGGCUGUCAUCGGAAUGCCCGGUGCAACAUGACAGGUCCAGGCACUCAAAGCUGCACCUGCAGGCAAAAUUUCAUUGGCGACGGUGUGACCUGCAAAGGCACUGUGGCGAGGGAAAUAGAGACACGUCGUCACACGGACUUUUACUUUGGUCUGAUGAUAAUGGAGAUUUCCCUGCAAGGGCGAGGGCCAUUCACUGUCUUCAUUCCAGACCCCGAGGCCUUCAGGACAAACACUUCACGCGAGAUGAGACGGAAGAGAGAGCGGUACGCUAAUGUCCUGCGCAGCCACAUCGUCAUGUGUCACACUCUCCUGGCUGCUGACCUGAGCCAACCACGAAACCUGACAUCGCUGUCUGGACUCGUGCUGACCACCAGCAUCACCCAGGGCAGUGUCUUCAUCAACCAGGCAAAUGUGACAAAGAGCGAUGACCUCAGUGUGAAUGGAAUCAUCCAUGAAAUUGACAGGAUUCUGUAUCCUCCAGAUGUGGACAAAGACAGUUUUAUGCUCGCCCCUGAUGACUCUCAGCUGAACCUGACCGAUGUGGCUGCACGUCACGGUUAUCGAACCUUCUACAAACUGCUACAGGACACAGGUGUAAUGGACCUGGUGAAUGAUAUCAUGUACCAGCCGGUGACAAUCUUCCUGCCGUCAGACGGUGUCAUGGCAUCUCUGCCGCAGGAACAGAAGGACUUCCUGUUCCACCAACACAAUCGACCCCAGCUGAUGGAGUACCUGAAAUACCACAUCCUGCACAGCCAGAAGGUUUACGCUGAAGGACUGAUCUUCCUGGACUCGGCUCGGAGUUUGCAGGGUUCGCCGCUCUCCUUCUCCUGUGGUGGGACAGACAACAUUGGAGAAAUCUUCAUCAACAACAGGAAGUGUCGGAUUGUUCAGAGACACCUCAUCUUUAAAGCGGGCAUUGCCUACGGGAUCGACUGCUUGCUAACUCCUCCCAGCCUCGGAGGACGCUGUGAUGAACAAAGAACCUUUGACCUUCCGACAAGCUGUGGAGGAUGCAGCUUUUCUUCCACUCGCUGUCCUGCGGGAGGCAUUCGUAAGGAGGUUCAGAAGUGUGAUCUGCCCACCUUUUCCUUUGCUAAGAACACCGGCUGUCGCCCCAUCUGCACCUUUAACAUGUGGAGCCAAAGGUGUCCUGGGGGGUUCAGAUCUCCCUGCAAUAACCGUGGGAAAUGUGAUGGGUCGCUUGGUAACGGUACCUGUACCUGCGACACAGGUUUCAGAGGCACGUCCUGUGAGCUGUGCAGUGAUGGAUUCUAUGGACCCACCUGUAAAGCCUGUAACUGCUCAGAGCAUGGGUCAUGUGACGACGGGGAAAGGUACGGGUUUGUGUUCUGUGAGGCCGGAUGGACCGGAGACCGCUGUGACGUUCAGCAGACUGAGAUCUUUCAAUGUUCUCCAGCCUGCUCUCCAAAAGCCGUCUGUAAGGCAAACAACACCUGUGAGUGCCGGCCUUUUCAUGAGGGUGACGGAUUCACUUGCACAGUGGUGGACAUCUGUCAGAUCUGGAAUGGAGGCUGUGCUAGGGCCAAGUGCUCACAGAAUGGAGGUAAGGUGAGCUGCACCUCCAAAGAUCACACUGGAGACGGGUUCACCUGUCAGCCCAUCGACCCCUGUGCAUUAGGAGACAAUGGAGGCUGCCAUGAACACGCUGUAUGCACCAUGACGGCUCCAGGGGAGAGGAAGUGCAUGUGUAAGAACAACUACAUCGGAGACGGAGUGACCUGUGAGGUCAGACAGCUGCCUAUCAGCCGCUGUCUGCAAAACAACGGCCAGUGUCAUCGCGACGCCAAAUGCACCGACCUCCACUUUGAAGAUUCGAUGCUCGGUGUGUUCCACUAUCGUUCCAAGAAAGGUCAGUACAAACUGAACUACACGGCAGCUGAGCAGGCCUGCGGCAGAGGAGGCCGCCUGGCCACGUACACUCAACUGGCCUACGCUCAGCAGGGCGGGCUGAACAUGUGUGCUGCUGGCUGGUUGGACCAGGCCCGGGUGGCGUACCCCACCACCUACUCCAACCCAAAGUGUGGCUUCGGACAUGGCAUCGUGGACUACGGCACCCGCAAAAACCUGAGCGAGACCUGGGACACCUUCUGUUACGGAUGCAAGGUGAAGUGCGAGUGCAAACGAGGUUACACUGGGGACGGUUUCAGCUGUACUGGAAAUCUGCUGCAGGUCCUGAGAUCCACCCCAAUCCUAUCCCUCCUUCUGCAGCAAAUCCUGAACUGCUCCCAGGCUUCCGAGUCGGGGAAGCAGCUCGUGCAGCGUCUCAGUAACCUGACUGUCCAGUCCACUCUGUUCGUACCUGACAACCGCGGCCUGCCCAGCAACCAGACUCUGUCUCUGCGUGACAUCGAGUUCCACCUGUCGGAGGGUCAGGCUUCUCUGAGCCAGCUGAAGAACGGCAGCCGGAUCAGAACUCGAGUCGGCAGUCUGACCGUCCUCGGAGUCGCCGACCAGCUUGACCCGUCGGCUCUGUCGUUUCGUUACAUCAACGACCACUUCGUCAGCGACUCUGACAUUAUGGCUGGCAACGGGAUCAUCCACGUCAUUCAGGGACCCCUAAAGGCCCCGGCCCCUCACCCACAGAUGCAUGUGGCGCACAAAGCUGGGAUGGGCAUCGGCGUGGUGCUGCUGAUCGCGUUGGUGGGCGGAGCCAUCUUUGUGGGAUACCGCUUCUACCAUAACAACACCAAACCCUUCCAGUUCCACUACUUCAAGGAGGAUGACGGGGAGGAAGAAGCUCCGCCCACAAACAGCAGCCGCAACAUCUGUAACCCGGUGUAUGAAGCGGCGCCAGCGGCUGGCGAGUCCAGUGCGUCGGCGGUCACGGUGGACGACAAACACGAGGUGGAGAACGCAGGAAGUUACGACCUGCUGCAGAUCAGCUGAGAGGGAAGUGGAACCUUGGCUGAUGUCUUUACCCCUCGGUGGACUGGGACCUCUGUGGCCAGCUGGGUCUCCGACACUGCCGGUGCAGACGAGUCCCGUUUCAGGCUUCUCUCUGUGAACUGAAGGACUGCUUCACCCAAAACUUAAAGUUCGCCUAGCAGAGUUGGAAACAACACAACGAUGCUUUUCAUUUUCUCUGCAGUCUCUCAUUUUUGAAAUGAUUCCUGUAUAAAAAAUAUUUUACAGCAGAUAUGUUUAAAUUAACAGAUAUAAAUGAAAAACUGCAAAUAAAGCCGAGCUGAA